GUCUAAAUCUGGAUCCUUAAUUAGUUAUGUAGCUUGGGGGUCUGACGAGAUUACCAGAGCUAAAGGGAAGUUGUCUCUAUACAGUAUAUAUAUAUAGAUAUUUCUCUUUUUGAGUUUGUGCUGUACAUGCGUUGACAGCGAGGCGUCAGUCCGGCUCUCAACAUGGGCAUGUUUUUGCUCCAAAUCGUUUCUGUUAGCUCCACCGCGACGGCAGUCGAGGAGAACAAAUUAUACUGCGAUGGAGUAAACAAUCAGAGCUACACAUGUGAGUCAGGACACUGCUGUGGACAGUCUCAGUGCUGCAGUUACUACUACGAGCUCUGGUGGUUCUGGCUGGUGUGGGCCGUGAUCUUCAUCCUGAGCUGCUGUUGCAUUUGCCACCACCGGCGCACAAAGCACAGGCUGCAGCAGCAGCAGCGGCAGCACGAGAUCAACCUCAUCGCCUACCGGGAAGCUCACAAUUACUCCUCUGUUCCCUUCUAUUUCAGGUUUCUGCCAAAUUACCUCUUACCCGAAUAUGAGGAAGUGGUCAACCACCCUCCCACCCCCCCUCCUCCUUAUAGCGCCUUGAACUCCAGUCAGACGGCUGCUUCCAGCCCUUUAACCCCUGAGCAUCUGGACAGUCUUCAGCUCCCCUCGCAGUCCACAGCGCAUCCACCCCCUGGCGACACGCACCCCUCCCACCACAGCGUGGAGGAGGGCACCUUUCCGACAGAGUACAUCCAAAAAGAGGAGAGCAAGGCCCAGCUGGUGCCGGGAUCCGGUAGGCCCGAGCUUCUGGAAGUUUCUGACAGGGAGUCACCCUGUCCAGAGAAGCAGGGGGAAGACUGCUGCAAGGAGCUGCUGAAGGAUACUGAACACUGGAAGGAGGAGGAGGAGCGGGAGGGAGUGGAGGAGGGGAGAAUGGGGGGUCGGCAUCGACGCUUCACUGGCGACUCCGGAAUCGAAGUGUGUGUGUGCAGCCCGGUGCAGGAGAGCGAGGUUCUGCAGGAGCUGGGCGAGUCGCUGGGCGACCACCCAGUGGCGCCCGCGGACUUCUGCGACGACUGCGCCUCCUGCGGCCGCCACGCCUCCUUCAGGGAUGAGGGGCAGGGCCAGCCCACAGCUGAGAGGAGGGCGGAGUCCCAGGCACAACCUCCCAGCUGCGUGCUGCUGCAUACCAUAAGUGAGCAGGAAGGGCCGAACUAGGCUGCCAGCACUGAGCCCCAAAGCUGAGCUGCAUUUAUACCACCGAAGCACUGAGGCAGGGCGCUAAGCACUGACUUCUCUCUUACUCCAGCUGCUCUGCUAUAUUUCUGUGUGAUGAUUGGAGUUCAGGCUGGAGCAGAGCAGGCCGCCAGCACCUACGCCCAAAGCAGACGCACCACCAAAGGACUAAUAUGGAGGGCUGAUGACAGUCCAGCACUCCGCCGGUAUAUUUCAGUAUAAUGAUUUAAAGAGUCAGGCCAGGCCAGAGCAGGCCACCACCACUGAAACCCAAAGCUCAGCUGCCAAUGCACUACCAAAGGACUGAGAGUGAAAGCUAAGAACUCUCCACUGGUAUUUUUCUCUAAUAAUUAAAGAGUUUCCUUGUAUACCAGACUCUCCAAGCCCAGUAAAGCCUUUAGCAAGCAUUCUGUAAGCACUUUUCAUGUUAGGCGAUGGUGGCCUGUCACUUCUGGGGGGGGCCUUACAUUUAAAUAUGGGGUUGAAGGCUUUCCUAGUGCCUGCAUAUCUGACAGUACAGAUGUGUUGAUGACACAAUUUUCAGUAACGGGGGCGGGCACAUCUCUUAUCACUGUUAUUUAUGGGGAAAACUACCCUGGCACAAUAAAGCUGUUUCAAGCCCCCCCCCCCACUCCCCUCCAGCAGGUAUGCAGUACUAGUGGCUGUCACAUGCAUAUGCAGGGUCCUCAUACUGUACGUCAGCAUCAAUGCAGCACUGCACAGGUUCCCUGCUAACAGUAUUGUACAAAGCCAAGUAUCACUUAAAAUGGUGCACAGCUAAGCUCUAGCAGUAAGAACGCCAUAUAUUAUCCUGGAUCCUAUCCCUCUAGUGUUAUACUGUAAGUCAGUUAUGUUUGUAGGCUGACUCAUAGGGGAAUGAAUGUGUAUUUAGCAGUGGUGUAUGCCUAUCGUCAUUUUGCACACAGUAUAUCUACAAUGAUCUACAUUGUUGAAAAAAAUUUAACUAAGUUUCUGCACAAGUUGUCUUAAUUCACAUCACCAGUCUUGUCUGCAAGUGAAAUUGACAAAACGCUUGAUUAAACAUUGACAAUUUUUUA